UCUUCCGGUUGUCAGCAUUGACCUCCCAACAUGGCGGCUAUCCGAGCUCUAGGUGUCCUGUCCAGACUUACUGCAAGAGGAAGAUACACACUGCUUUCAGGUGCUCCUGGAAGGAGCUUCAGCGUUGCAUCUUGCUUAAUGGCCCGUACACAUGUCAAUUAUGAGGUCAAAGGAGAUGUGGCCGUUGUUCGAAUCAACGACCCAAAUUCUAAGGUGAACACACUGUCCGUUACAAUGCAAAAGGAGAUGAUUGAAGUCAUCGAUGAGAUUUGGGUGAAUGACGCAGUCAGAAGUGCUGUACUGAUCUCCUCUAAACCUGGCUGCUUCAUUGCAGGAGCCGAUAUCAACAUGAUACAGGCCUGCAAGAGUGCAGAGGAAGUAAGCAAACUCUCUCAUGAAGGUCAGAAGAUGUUUGAGAAAAUUGAGAAUUCUCCCAAACCAAUUGUUGCUGCCAUUAAUGGAUCAUGUCUUGGUGGAGGAUUAGAGUUUGCCAUUGCCUGCCAGUACAGAGUCGCCACCAAGAAUAAGAAGACAGUUCUGGGCACUCCUGAGGUCAUGCUUGGUCUUCUUCCUGGUGCUGGAGGAACACAGAGGCUUCCCAAAAUGGUAGGGAUUCCCAGCGCCUUUGACAUGAUGCUAACAGGAAGAAAUAUUCGUGCAGAUAAAGCCAGGAAAAUGGGCCUGAUUCACCAACUUGUUGACCCACUUGGCCCUGGAUUGAAGAACCCAGAGGAGAGAACCAUGGAAUACUUGGAGGAAGUGGCAGUAGACUGUGCCCGUGGAAUUGCUGACAAGAGAAUCCCACUCACUAAAGAAAAGGGUUUGAUGCAAAAAAUACAAGACUAUGUUAUGAGCUAUGGGUUUGUGCGUAAUCAGAUCUACAACACUGUGCAAAAAAAAGUCGUAAAACAGACUAAAGGACUGUAUCCUGCUCCCAUGAAAAUCAUUGAGUGUGUAAAGACUGGUCUGGAGCAGGGCACAGAUGCAGGAUUCUUGGCAGAGUCUCAGAACUUUGGCAAAUUAGCAAUGACCCCAGAAUCCAAUGCACUUAUUGGUCUUUAUCAUGGCCAAGUUGCUUGCAAGAAGAACCGAUUUGGAGUCCCUCAAAAGGAAGUCAAAACUUUGGCCAUCUUGGGAGCAGGGUUAAUGGGGGCAGGAAUUGCCCAGGUUUCUGUGGAUAAAGGCAUUAAUACCAUUCUUAAGGACACCACUCAGGAGGGACUUAACCGAGGGCAGCAGCAGGUUUACAAAGGAUUAAAUGACAAGACAAAGAAGAAGAGCAUUACCGCAUUUGAAAGGGACAGCUUACUAUCAAACCUCACAGGACAGCUAGACUACAGUGGCUUCCAAAACGCUGACAUGGUCAUUGAAGCUGUGUUUGAGGAUAUCGCCAUUAAACACAAAGUCAUAAAAGAAGUCGAAGCUGUCAUUCCUCCCCACUGUAUAUUUGCCUCCAACACAUCAGCUCUCCCAAUCAAAGACAUCGCAGCUGCCAGUAAACGACCAGAGAAGGUAAUUGGAAUGCAUUACUUUUCUCCGGUGGACAAGAUGCAACUUCUGGAAAUCAUAACCACUGAUAAAACAUCGAAGGACACUACUGCAUCUGCAGUGGCAGUUGGCCUGAAACAAGGCAAAGUCAUUAUUGUGGUUGGGGAUGGACCUGGGUUUUAUACCACUAGGUGCUUGGCUCCCAUGUUAGCCGAAGCAGUCAGAGUACUGCAGGAAGGUGUAGACCCCAAGAAGCUGGAUUCUCUGACUACAGGCUUUGGCUUCCCUGUGGGUGCUGCUACACUUGCUGAUGAAGUGGGUAUCGAUGUCGCCGCUCACGUGGCCGAGGACCUGGGCAAAGCUUUCGGUUCGAGGUUUGGUGGAGGAAAUCCUGAGCUGCUGAAAACGAUGGUGGAGAAAGGUUUCAAAGGCCGGAAGUCUGGUAAGGGCUGCUAUAUUUAUCAAACUGGAGUUAAACGUAAAGAUGUCAACCCAGAACUAGGGGACAUUCUGGAGCGUUACAAGAUGACCGCAAACCCUUCAGUGUCAUCAGACACAGACGUGCAGUACAGACUGGUGUCUCGCUUCGUGAAUGAGGCUGUGCUGUGCCUACAGGAGGGUAUCCUUGCUAAUCCAGUGGAGGGCGACAUCGGGGCGGUGUUCGGUCUUGGUUUUCCCCCUUGUCUUGGAGGUCCCUUCCGCUUUGUGGACAGCUUCGGCGCAGACAAAUUGGUGGCAAAGAUGAGACGGUUCGAGGAGGUGUAUGGAAACCAGUUUACUCCAUGCGCACUUUUGCUUGAACAUGCCAAGGAUCCGAGCAAAAGAUUUCACAAGUGACCUAGUGAAGAUGUGCCAACAGUAAAUUCUCUGUAUUGUAAACAGAAAAGAUGCUGCACUUAGGGGUCAUAAUGUGUUAAUUAUAUAAAAGACCUCCAUUUGUUAAUAAAACAUAACAUAAUGUGACCGUAAGUAAUAUUUUUACUGAUUUUUUUUUUUUUUUU